GCUGGAUUUCGCCAAAGUACACGCAAAAGAAAAACAUUUCAUAGAAAAUCAACAAUCAAGAAAUAGGAUCAAGUUGGAAUUUUGAAUACAAGCAAUCAAUCAAAAAUGUCAAUCGAAUUACGCCGCAAGCACGUGCUGAAGGAAAUGAUGGAGGACAAUUUCGAUUUGCCCACAGAGAAACAACAAAUAAUGCGUGUGGUUAAAUGUCGCGGGAACAAUCUGCACGAAGUUGAACGUGGAACGCCGGACUCUGAGAAUAUCUUGGCAUCCAUGCCAAAUAAGUUUCGUCGGAAUGUAUGGAUCGGGCGUGGUGACUAUGUGCUGGUGGAACCAAUCGAAGAGGGUAAUAAAGUAAAGGUGGAAAUAUGUAAAAUCCUCACUCCACAGCAUAUAAAAGAAUACAGUAGGGCUGGUGUAUGGCCUGAACAGUUUAGUAAAAAGCAUGAACCCGACCAAUUCGAUAUAGAAAGUGAUGGAGAAACGAAUGGUGAUGAAUUAAUAGUGAGAAAUCCCAAUAGGCCAACAUUAUCGGAGGAUGAUUCUACUGAUGACGAGGAAGAUGAUGACGAAACUGCAAUUGAUACGGAAGAUGAUGACGAAGAUGCAAGUGAUAAGAAUUAAUUCUGGCAAUCGAUGGCAACGCAUGGGCAGGAACCGAAAUGACAG